CCACAGUCAGAUACAUAAUAUUAUAUAAAUUACAGUAAUCUAUUUCAUUCAAACACUAUUACAUAUUAUGUAAUUUUUAUUAACAAAAGUGGUAAGAAAAUAAAUUACUUAUUAAUUAUUCUGCCCCUAUCAAUCUAAUGUCCGCCGGCGUAACAAAUUAUUAGCGCAUCUAGUAAGUAGACUUAAUUAUUAAAACGGCCUUUUGCCUUUUGCUAUCCAUCUCUAUGUGAUUUAAUUUCGUGCAUAUCGCCUUAGAAAAUCGAAAAAAUUGGAAUCAAACCCAAGAAUUUGCAAUUUACGGUUAACUGGCUAUCAGCAGACUAAAUGAUGACAAAUAGUUAAAUAACUACAAAUACAUAAUUUUUUUUUGUAUGAAGCCGUAGGCGGAGGUGCAACCAGUGCAGCCACUUAUGGCCAUGUGUAUCCCAUCCCAUAAUGUAGGAUUGGAUUCCAUCGUGCUCGCCCCUAAGGCGAACCUAUAGGGAAAUCUGACAGAAUUUCUAGACUGCGGCUGAUACUGAGCAGAAAAAAUCGAAUAUCCUUUUCCCAAACCGGACUUCGAAGGCGAAGGUCGAAGGAUCCCAUCGUGCUCGCCCCCGGGCUAAAUCUGGCAUAUCGGAUAGAAUUUCCAGACAUAGGCUUAUACUAAGCCGAAAAACCCAAUAUUACUUUGCCUGAUCCGGGACGUGAGCCUAACCCCAAAGCGGCAGUCGUAUUGCGCACGCAAUACAAGUCACCAUCCAGGCAAUUAUAGUUCAAUUAUUUCGAAAAACCACUAUUUCAUAUCCACAUAAUAUUAUUUAAGAAUUAUGAAAUUUAAUUUUAUAAAAAAAAAUAUUCUAUGAAUUAUAUAGUAAAAUAUUCUUCUAUGAAACAAUUUACCAUGCAAACCGUACAACAUUUAUAUAAAAUAAAAUCUUCGAUAAAAGCGUUCAGCAUCUUUUUGAAAUUUUAUGAUUUAUUGCGAAAGCUUCAAACUUUGCCCGCAAACUGAUGCUACUAUGUAUAUCUAUGUGUUUACCAAGAAAAUUUUGUUUCAGACGCGAAGAAAAAUUUAUUACUGACAAUAUUUUAUGCACUGCGUGGUGACAACCGCGAGACACCGAACUGUUUACCCAAUUGUUUAUUUUUCAUGGUUUUAUACAAAGCAUAUAUUGUUUUAUCGACUGAAUGAACAUACUAAAUAUAAAUUGAAAUACCCGCUACCCGUGUAUUCGAAGGAAUUGUCAGAGAUGCAUUUAGUAGAUGGUACAUUCUUGGUUCGAUAAGCUUACUUUGCCACAUUAAUGUUACGGGUCGAGUUUUUCGUUAUGUAUGACACAAAUUACAAUCUCAGGCAAAUCGUUUAUUAUUUUCGACAUACCCGCCAUUUAAGUUUACUGACCUGAUAUUUUUAAUAUUUACAAUUUACUAUUCAAAUUCAAUUAUUACUAUAAACGCUAUUUAUAUGAAUCAGUUAUAAGUUUUCAAUAGGAUCUUCAAAAUGUUCAUCAAAUACAAUGUGCAAUUAUGCGAAGCCCUAAUAACUUAAAAAGUACUUAGAAAUGAGUUGAUAAAUUUAUAUCCCCGAAAAAGUGAAAAAAAAAAAUGAUAUUCAACCAUCAAUCACGAUAGGCAGCGAAAGCAUCAAAUAGCAGUUACUCAUCAACGGAGCAAGUUUACAUCUCUUAAAUCGUUUAACAGUCGUGUUUCAUUAUCAAACACUCCACGAGAGCUCGCUCAUCAGGGUUAAAGGCUUUCAGUAUAAUUCGCAUGCGUAAACCGCCCUAUCACAGGUUUCAGUGCCAAACAAGAUACCGAGGCGGGAACACGCCCCGUCUCGGCAAGAAAAUAUUCAAAUAUUACGCGAUCCCAACUAUAACGUUAAAUUAAAAUUAUUUCAUUCCAAAUUUAAAAUAAAAACUUUGUUUAUAUUCAAAUGUGAGUUUUAGGAUUUUCGAAAGUGUUCCAAAUUUAAACUAUGUUGUGAAGUUGGAUUUUUACUUUGAAGUGGUUAGCGGUUUUUAAGUAGAGAAGUGUCGUUGUAUUAAAACUAGUUAUGUAGACAACUUAACUGAUUUUACUUUAAGUAACAGAUGACAAUCAAGUGAGAGUGAACAAAUCUGAAAUGCUAAAUCACAUACUAGCAAAAACCUGAAUUAGUGAUGGUGAAGCGUGUAGUCACAGCAUGACAACGUGGAUGGCGCUGUUCGGGCUAGUGUGGCUGUUGCGCGUGCGCGGCUCGCUGUGCGGGUGCGCAGCUUGCAGGCGGGCGCGGUACGAGUCCGAUGCGCCUGUCGCCGCCGCCGCCACCGCCGCCGAAACCGCGGCCGCCGCUGGCCCACUCACGCCCACCCCUGACGAACGCGCGUCUUUCGACGUCAUCGCACUACAGCACUACACACGUGACGUCACCGUCCAGACUGAUUUCGACGAUGAUGAAGUAGAGGACUUGGAUAAAAUCGAGCUGCAGAUUUCCGAAGACUCAAAUGUUGGCAACUACGAGUGUGGAAUGGAACAAGCGGCACAAAGUCCAGGAAGUGGCCGUCGCGACGCGGGGAGCUACCAGUAUCCAAUAGAGUCGGACAGCGAGUCUGUAUGGGAAACGUGUGACGUUACCCUGGAGCGAGGUGCGAGCGGGCUGGGGCUCAGCAUAGCUGGCGGCGAGAGCGGAGGUGACGUCAGCAUAACCAGAUUAGCGCCCGGCGGCGCGGCCAAAAAGGACGGCCGUUUGCAAAUAGGAGAUAUUUUGUUACAAGUUAAUGACAUUUCUGUGGACGGAGCGCCUCAUUCAAUGGCGGUUGAAGCACUACAGAAGGCUGGAAAUGUUGUUAGAUUACGUGUCCGUCGAGCACGGCGGCCCAGGGUAGUAACUCUAUGGCGUGGAGUCAGGGGUCUUGGUCUAGGUAUAGCGGGGGGAGCCGACGACGCUGGGGGAGGGGGUGUCUUCGUAUCACACAUUGCUGUUGGUGGUGCUGCACACCAUGACGGAAGACUAAGGCUUGGAGAUAAAAUACUAGCCGUAAGAGACGAAGAUGGUAUAGAGACGUCGUUGGUCGGUGCAACACAUGCGCAAGCAGUAUCAGCAUUACGAAAUACUGGGGAACAAAUAACUUUAGUUGUGUUACCGGCCGCAUCAUUCCCCCCUGUGGCCAAAACAGCACCAAUUUAUUCCACGCGAACGCAGGCCACAUCGUGUUCAACACUGCACGAGCUUUUAGAAGAGGAGCCAAGUGAAAUACCGAGAUGCGUACGAAUGGUGCGUCUAGUGCGAUCCGGGUCACGGCUGGGCAUGGACAUCGUAGGUGGACUUGGCGGUGAGAGUGAUAACGUGGUGGGGACUGAAGAAGAUGCGUGUGGAGUAUUUGUAUCAGGAGUAGCUGUUGGAGGAUCUGCUUAUGGAAUGCUGUAUAGAGGAGACAGGAUACUCAGUGUCGACGGAAGGGACUUAACAAGAGCAACGCAUGAACAAGCUGCAGCGGCAUUGAAGCAAUACUCGGGCAGUGCAGUGACAAUAGCUGCGCAGUAUCAGCCUGAGCAGUACGAAAGGUUGCGCGCGCGCAUCCGGGCGAUCAAUGCAGCCGCUGCCAUGUCUCCUCAUGCACGACACGCCACCCACGUCCCCGUGCAUCCUGAUCUCCACGCCAUGUAUCCACGGUAGCAGGGAAGUGGCAUCGCAACCGAUCUCGGUAAGAACUGAAUAGUAGAUAGAAUAAAAAAUGUUUGUUAACCCAUAAUGAAUUUCAUAAUAAACUUGUCAGCGACAUUAAUGUUUGUAAAACAAUUAUUUACCUUUUAAUUGCUUAUACGGUUCUUACGGUAUGAAGGAGGUGAUAUUUUAAAGCUAUGAAUGUUUUAAUAAUGUCAGUUACAUUUAUAAUAAACUCAUGUCAAAAAUUAUUUGUUACCAAAAUAGCAUUUAUGUAGAUGUACCUAAUUGAAACAAAACUUUAUAGUGUUGCUAAUAAGAAAAUUAUCCAAUAACUCUAAUCUAGUUUUCCAUAGCCAUAAUACAUGGUCAUUUUGACAUUGGGUUAUUAAAUUAAAACACAAACUUAUCUUGUUGAAAAUAAUAAAUUACAACAAGUUACUCGAACCGUGGCUGUAGAAUAAAAAAUGUAUGUUGAGAGCAAAAUAAACAUCAAUAAAAAGUUAUUUUAAUUUUACACGCCCUAAUGGCACUAUUACUACUCUCAGAAAAUUUGUCGCGGUGGCAACAUCCCGUUUUCAGACGAAAAUACACUCACAAACACGCCAUAUAUGAUCAGAAAAAUAAACUUUUGGUAGAAUUUUUGGUGAAAAUAUUCGUUAUUCAUGGGUAUUUUUCGUAGGACGUUAGCGAAGGUAAAGACGAGUAUGUGGUUUCAUUUAUUAACGCAAUGUCAAAAUGAUUCAUUUUUAAAAAAGCACUUAAUUAUACGAAAGGCAAUAAAACUACAGGGAUCAUUAAAAAAGAUUAAAAUUGUUGGAUGAAAUAAUGUUAUUAAAGUUACACAUCCAAAUUAAAAGAGUACAGAUAAACGAAAUGUUAAGUUCUUUUCCUUUAAAAAAUUUGAAUAUGUUGUAAAAAAUCACCUCCACGUAUAAUGAGAAUAUCUUAAUUAACUUUGUAAAUAGUUUUUACGAACGUUCACAAAUAUUGUAAUACUAGUCAUUGUAAAUUACACGUAUUGUUUGCUAAGUACUAUGAUAUACGCAUAGAUCACGUACACGUAAUGUUUUCGAACUGUGAUAUUAAUGUUAGUAACACUAAGGUAAAGUGAAGUUGA